UGCAUUGCCGAGAUCAUGUGAGGCAGUGUCCUGCGCACGUGUAACUGACACAGGCUCUUAUGGAGAGCGCUGAAGCGAGAGCCGGGGCUGAGGCGAGCUAACGCGUUUCAUUGCAAUUAACAGCGCAUCGACAGGCAAAAGAGCUAAAAACGCACAGCCAAUUGCGAUAAAAUUAGAAAAUAAGGGUUUCUAACUGCAAGUUAGUUAAUGUGCCGAGAGAAGUAUGGUUUAAAGGCUUGUCCGGAUAUUGUAGGAGAAGGGAGAUUGUUCAGAAGUGGCGCUGCCGGCUGGCUACACUGAAGACCAUCCUCUAAAAAUGAAAAGGGGAAAAGGAAAUUAUGCAGCAAGUUUGGAAAUAGAAUGAAACUGUCCCCCCCAGGCCGCCCUUCAAUCCGUCUCAGCUUCACCUCUGAUGUCUGCAGCGUGAGGCCAUUGCUCUGCUCACAGCAUUACAAACUGCAAAGACUUGCAAAAUGGGCAAGGGAUGUGAGCUGUGUGCGAUACUACUAGUCGAGAUGAGCAUGCUGAAAUGGAAAAUUUGGAGCAGAGGGACCUUGUGAAUAACCGCACACCUGCAGAGCCCGAUCGGUCAUUCCAAAAGGAGACACAGCUCAGCCAGCCGCAGCUUCAUCACCUUGAUGCUGGCGCUGCCAUGGGGGUUGAAGGCCAUGGCAGCUCACCUGUCAGAACCAGACAACUGCCCUCGUGUUCCGCAGAGCUGUUAUCUAGUAUUGGAUCCCGAGAGCCUGUUUCUGAGACCCCAGUUUUAAAGCCGCGGCUGGAAGCGGGGGUCCCCCUAUUAUUAAACAGGACGUCGGCAACGUGCAGUGAAACUCUGAGUGGGUGCAGACAGGGGAGUGCAGGAGCGGCGCGCUACCCCAGUCACCCAGCCUCGGUUGAACCAGUUAGAAGAACACGGCUCUUAGAAAAUAACAAGGCUCCUCGUGGAGUUGCAUUAUUAAAAAGAGACAAAAAUGAUUGGCUGCUACAACGGGGUCGGCCACUGGAUAAUGGGGGUGCAAAUUAUUCCCUAACGGUGAAUGGGUCUGGGGAGCCUGUUUGCCCCAACAGCAAAAGAAGACACGUGGAAGGCGGAGACGGUGAGCAAAGCUUGGAGAACAAGGACGUAGUACCGAACAGCCAAAACUCUAUCAAUAAAAACAAUGUCAGUACAAUUAAAGAGGGCCAAGCAUCGAACUCUGCAGCCCGGCGCUUGUCGGCGUCCGAUGCCCUGGUCCAGACCUCCCCAGAACGCACUGCCCUGGACUACAUCGUCCCCUGCAUGAAGCGUUAUGGUAUAUACAUCAAAGAUGGCUUUCUGGGAGACGAGCUGGGCAGCCAAGUGCUCCAGGAGGUCCAAGCCUUGAACCAGAGUGGGAAAUUCCGGAAUGGCCAGUUAGUGAGCCAGCGGACUAUCCCCUCCCGAAAUAUCAGGGGUGACCAGAUCGCGUGGGUGGAGGGGAGAGAGCCGGGCUGCGAGAGUAUCUGCUCGCUGAUGGGGCGCAUCGACGAGGUGGUCAUGCACAGCACUGUGAAUGGCCGGCUUGGGGACUGCAUGAUCAACGGCAGGACCAAGGCGAUGGUGGCGUGUUACCCUGGUAACGGGACAGGGUACGUGCGUCAUGUGGAUAACCCCAGUGGAGAUGGCCGCCUCAUCACCUGCAUUUACUAUCUCAACAAGAACUGGGACGUCAAGGUUCAUGGCGGCCUCCUUCAGAUUUUCCCAGAGAGUCGCCCCGUGGUGGCGAAUAUCGAGCCUAUUUUCGAUAGGCUCCUGAUCUUCUGGUCAGACCGACGGAACCCUCACGAAGUCAAACCAGCGUACGCCACACGGUAUGCCAUUACAGUGUGGUACUUUGAUGCAAAGGAGCGAGCAGAAGCAAAAGAGAAAUACAGACUCGCUGCUGGACAGAAGGGGCUCCAAUUGCCUCUAAUACAAAGUGGCAUGACCUAACAAAACCAGAGUGCCGGGGAGCCAGAGGGUGCUUGCUGCUGUGCUGCUAUUGGACGGAUUGGAGAGAGGCCCCUCCCAGCACCACCAAGAAGCCCCGCCCACCUCCACCCAUGAGUCUGUUCAGUGGGGUUGUGUGCUUUGGGUGAUUUGAUAAAGAGGUGAAUUUGCUCUGGGCCUAGGUUGACCCCAAGAUGGGACGUGGGCAGAUGGAAAGAAUUAUUGUGAAUCUGACACAAGGAACAGAACAAGGAGUCUUGGUCGGUCGUAUUCUGUUGCCAGGCUGUCAGUUAAACCAGCAAAAAGCAAUCGAGUAAUUGAGUACACAAAACGCAAUCGUUCAAAAAAGUAUCAGUGAUUGUAUCACCCACAGAAAUGUUUUCUUAAUUUAUAAAAAGUGUUUUUGAAGUUACGGAUAUAUACAUAACAUUUUUAAUUUGUACAAUUUUUAAUGUUUACAAAAGUGUUAAGUACAGUGUGUUGUACUUGUGUGCAGUUGACAGUACUAAAAAUAUAUCAAAAUGAACACUAUUGUUAUUAAUGAGCUGUUUAGCACAUUCACAAUGUGUUUUAAAGCGUUCCUUUUUGGCGUAGUUUAUUACUGGUAACCAGAUACCCUUAUUUUGCCAGGUUCUUGGUGAAAUCAUAAUUCCCUUAGAAGCGAUAUUAAAAGGGUCUGGCUGUACACGUUUCUCUUACAACCACUGAGCUCUCUGCUCAGUUUAACAAAGAAACUAAGAAGAAAAGUAACAGAUUAUUGUUAUGUUUCCUUCACCAGUAAGUAACUUUUAAAUGCAAUUGUAGUUUUGGCUACUGUCUCCGUACCUUUAAUGACUUUCCCAUCAGUCUGUGGUUCUUUUUGUAAUUAC